UGAUAGAUGUUGAGGGGACUUGGGCCAUAGUUAGGCCUCUGUGCCCCUGUGGGUUCAGCUGCAUUACCAUGUAUCCAUUCUGUAUAUUUUUUUUAAUAUUCUUUUUACGGGUACUGUUGCGCAACUUUUUUUAUGAUCAACUAGGGAAGGAAAUGCAAUAGAAGUAGGGUCUGAAAUUUUGUCUUUCUGUUCAUUACAGACAAACUUAACCAUGUACCAUAUGGCUUUGCUAAACUGAAACUAUCUCACGAUUUCCCAUGUUGUCUCCUCAUCAUCCCCAAUGCAGAACACAAUGCCACCAUCCAUACCCACACCAAAUCCCAUAUCACUGUGGACUUUCCCACCCACAACCACAACCAUCAAUGUCGUUACCAUGGUUGUGACUACACAGACAUUCAUGGGAUUACUACCCACACCACCACCACCAUGCACCUUCUGCAAAUCCUGAAACAUACCUCAAGUCUGAGCAUGAACAUGGAGGUCAUAGCAUCAGUUCAUUUAGUCCUAUUAUUUAUUUUAUCUUCUUGAACUGAGGACUGCAUCUUGCUUGACAAAAUAGUCUACAAGCUUAUAAUGGUUUGUUGUCCUUUUCCCUGCGUGCCAAAUGCAUGGAGGCUUGGCACAGGUACAAAUCACUGAAUGUAUGAUUAAGUGAUUUUGGUUAUACCUUCACUUUCUGCAUAUUUUUUUUUAUAUAAUACUAUCAUACACUUUACUUAGGAAAUAUGAUGCUUAUAUUGUAGUUUUGCACACAGAAUGCACUAUUGUGUUUCUUGGAUAAGUAACACUUCAAUAGGCUAAUUUAAAUAGGCCUAUCCUAAAAGCUGUUUCCAAAGACCAGCAAACAUGUAUGAAACAAGGAAUCACUGAAAAACAUUAGAUUUCAAAUAAAAAAUAUUUCCUUGUGCCAUAAAAGAGGAAUGCACAAAGAGAAAAUUAUAAGGAGACGGUUUAAGUAAUGAACAAAUUUCUUUUCUAUUAAUCAUACAGUUGAAUUGUCCAUAAAUUGCAAGUUUGAAAGUAUCCAGUAAUUGUUUAGAAUUGGACCACAUGGAACAAUACUAUAUAAAAAUAAUAAGUUCAUUUUAGUCAAUUAUCAAAAAAUAAAUAAAUAGAUAAAUAAUAACAAUUUAGGAAGAUUGUUUUUAACUAAAUUUGAAGGGUUAGGAUUGAGCUAUCUUGUUGAUUGUAAAAUGUUCAUGCAAUUAAAAAUGCAACAACAAAAAGUUAAAAUUAGCUAUAGAAAAAAUGUAUCACAUUUUAUGAUGCUAAUAAAGAGAUACAUUUUAUCAUUUAUGAGAAAAGAAAAAAAAAGUUUCCUGCUAUUGAUACAAUUCCUUUUUUUCUUUCUUAAAUUAACCCUUUACCAGGCACUAAUAGAAAUACAGUGAAAUUUAAGAAUUCAGUUACAGAAAAUAAAAUUAGAACCUAUUAAAAGACAUAUUUAUUUGUGCUACUUUAUUUUAGAAUGUCCUCUUUUCAUGGUAGACAAAGUGACCAAAACCAAUAAACUUGUGAGAAAGCACAGCAAAAUUUGUAUAAAGGCAGUGCUUAAAAUAAUGAACUUUCCAGUCUAAUGUAACAUAUUUGUCUUAUUAAUAUCUAAAUCAUUAUACAAGUUCAGGGAUAAAUAAGCACAUACAAAUAAAUUACAGUUUUCCUUUACUCACAUUUCUAUACAAAAAAUAAAUAUACAUAUAGUUUUGUGUGUGUGUGCUUAAAUGCAUGCAUGCAAUCGUGUGUGUGUGUGUAUGCAUUUAUGUGUGUAUUGUAAACCAAGAACAUUUAUAAUUAAUUAUUUUAUGAAUUAUUAUCUCUUUAUCAACCAAGAAAAGCACUCCUUUACGCCCGUAAAUUGACCAAUUACCGCGCGGGUUACAAAUCGACCCAAACGAUCACGUGCGUUUUUCCGGAACAGCUGAUUCGAUGUAAACAAAGAGCGCCGCGGAGACACUUCAAGGGCCGGUCACGUUAAUCUAUUUUUUCCAGGGAUCCCUUUUAACAGAGCUGGAUGCUUCCCAGCUGUAAAGGGGCCGGUCACAUUAAUCUAUUCGGUUCAGGGUUUAUCCCUUUACAGCGCUGGAUGUUUCCCUAGCUGUACCCGGAUCCGAGGUGAAAAUCCCUCCACAGCACGAGAAACGCUACGUCGGUAUUUCGUCCCUGCUUAGAGCUGAAAAACUUUGCCGGAACACAGACUAUAAUAUAACCACUUGUAAACUCACUACUUAGAAUCUUAAAACAAUGAUUAUAUAUCAUAAUAGAAACAGAAUUUAUUACUGAAGACAGAUAUAUUGCAUCGAACAAUGGUGUCUCAAUAAAUAUUUAUAGAGAGUUCAGAUAAACGUUCAUUUGACGAGCAUAACCAUCACCCCACUCGACACGCCAGGAACAUGGAGCUCUCCUCGCAAGUUAUUUACGCCUUGUUGGAGAAAGUGAGAGCCAAAGAGCCACUGUGGAACACUACUCACAAGGAUUAUAAAAGCAGGAAUCUGAAAAGAACAUUAAUGGAUGAAAUAAGCAAGGAACUCCGUCGUGAAUACCCGAGCUACGCGCAUCAGCUCUCCACAGAAUAUUGCAUGAACAGAUUUCAGUAUCUGAGAAGCAACUUUCAAAAGCAGCUAAGAAAAUUUCGAAACACGCCUAUUGGCCCCUGUGGCGAGGGAGCAUCUAAAUGGGAGUUUUUUUCCGCGUGCGCAUUCCUGCAGCCGAUUUAUGAGAUAAAUACCGACACACCUAGCUUUGAAAUUCAUCAGGACAAUAUGAAGCCCAUGAGCAAGAAGAGAAAGAUAGAUGGUGAUGAUUCAUCAGCAGCAAGCACCAGCAAGCAGGACCAUGUACUGAAGAGUAUGCCAUUGAUGCACAAGAGACCAGAGGCUGCUACCACUCCCUUCUCGACUCGUAGUCGUUUGCAUGACGGCCAGCCAGGGGUAACUGCAAAAACAAAAAACAAAUUAACACCAGAGAUCCAACACAGCAAACACCAGACUCUAAUCCUAAAGGGCCUGCUAGAAGAUGUAACCUUUGCGGAUGUGACACUAACAGCUGAAGGGAAGUCAUUAAAGGCACACAAGGCAGUGCUGUCAGCCAUGAGUCCCUACUUCAAAAAAGUGUUGCAGAAUAACCCUAGUCCACACCCCAUUAUCAUCAUGCCGCUCGACAUGCAGUUUGAGGAUCUCAAAGGAAUAAUAGAUUACAUUUAUAUGGGUGAGAUAGUUGUGCCAACUGAGAAUCUAUCCUCGCUCUUUAAAGCUGGUCGUGUUCUUCAGGUUUCCGGGCUAACAACAGUAGAUACUGUAGGUGUAAAGGCACCUAAUGCACCGUUAUUUGAUAAUGAUCAGUCAGUACAUAAGGAUCCCAGUGGAGCAACUUUAUCAAUGGAAACCAACCAGGGGAGUGAAAUAAGACUAGAUACAAGCAGAAAUGAGGAUGCCAGUAAUCUGCAGUCAUCUAAUGGAUCUAGAAAAAGCAAAGGAUCAUCUGCAGCUGUGGAAGAUGUAUCAGAAAGGCAGAAACACAAAGAUAAAGGGGCAAACAGUACAAUAGUUACUGUGGAGGCUGCUGAACCAUCGGAUAACAGAAACCAGAAGAGACCGGAAACUGUAGACUCACCAGAGACAGAAUCCUUUGAAAAGGGUCCAGCUCAGCCACUACAGGCCAAAGGAAGCUGUACAGUUAUAUCAUAUGAUGACAGUUCAAAGUGUAUGUUUAUGACCGAUGAAGAAACUAUGUCGAGUGACUUUGAUUAUAAAUAUUUUGAGGAACAAGAAGAGGAAUUAGAUCCACUUCAGAUUCAUAGCCAUGGAAGUGAUGACUCUUUUCAUCAGUCUGCAAACAUAUCUAAUGGACAACAGUGUGACUCCAUAAACUUUGUGACAGUUAAAGAAGAACUUGAAGACUAAAACUAGAAAAAAAAAAUCUCUCUCUCUCUCUCUCUCUCUCUCUCUCUCUCUCUCUCUCUCUCUCUCUCUCUCUCUCUCUCUCU